AUGCCAGCUAUUACUGAAAAGCCUCCAACUCAAUCUCAGACAUCCGCGUCUCCAUCGAAAUCUCUUCUCAAUGGUAGAUACCAGAUUAUUGCCGACAUCAACAAAGGUUCUUAUGGAGUUGUGUCUUUAGCCAAGGAUAUUGGCGGCGAUGGAAGUCUGGUAGCUAUCAAGUGCAUUACCAAGUCAUCCAACUGUGCUGUUUAUGAAGAAGCCCUUUAUGAAGUGGAAAUGCACAAGCGAUUAGGAAAUCACCCUAAUAUUGUACAGUUGAUUGACUUCUUUGAUGAGAACUCCAAGGCCUAUUUGGUUCUCGAAUAUUGUGCACCCGGUGAUUUGUACGAAGCUAUUAAGGCGGGACGUGGACCUAGAGAACAAAAUUGCGUACUUGAUUUUAUGCUCCAAUUGAUCGAUUCUGUAGAAUAUUGCCACAGCAAAGGUGUCUACCACCGAGACAUUAAGCCUGAGAAUAUUCUUAUUGGAAAUGACGGAUCUGUCAAGCUGGCCGAUUGGGGUCUUGCUACCUGUACCAAAAUCAACGGAGAGUUUGGUAUUGGCAGCGAGCGCUAUAUGGCUCCUGAACUGUUUGAUCAAGCAAAUACAAAGGAAUAUGACGCCGAAAAGGCCGAUAUUUGGGCUCUAGGUAUUUGCUUGCUCAAUAUCUUGUUUGGUAGAAAUCCUUUUACUGUUGCUUCACAAAAGGAUAAGUUGUUCCUUGACUUUGCUACUGCUCGUGAAGCACUUUUUGAUAUUUUCCCAAGCCUUUCGGAAGAUGUAUUUGCCGCUCUUCGUCACUGUCUGACUAUGGAUCCCGACAACCGAAGUCUUAGUAAAUUGAGAAAGGAGUUGUUGGCUGUUCGCAUGUGGACUACCGACGAAUAUUAUGAAGACGAGGACGUUUAUGACGACGAUGAGUUUGGUUUGAAUUUGAACGAUAAUGAAAUUAAUGAAUAUGAACAACAAAGCAAUAAUGAAAAAACGACAAAAAAUAAUGAUGAUUUUGAGGAUAACGACGAUACCGUGGUAGGCGGUUUUGUCAAGGCUUCUUCUGGUGCUCUUGCUACUGUCCACGGAGGUUCCAUUUCUGCUGCUAAUGGCGAGCAUGAGCCUUUUGCUACCAAGACUCCUGGUCCCCACCAUGCUCCUUCGCCAUUGGCUAUUUUCCAGGAAUCUCUUGCUGUGCCACAAGACUUUAUUAGUACCACCACUAAUAGACAGCCUUUCCGUACACCUACCGGUCUUGUCAACCACUCGCCCUUGCGACAGGAUCUCGAUUGGAAUCGUACUAUGCAGUUCACACCGCCGACUCGAGAGAAUGGCUUUUUCCCCAACAGCAAAGUCAAGACUCCUUCGAACCUGUCUUUUGUGCUUUCCGCAAGAGGCGGUAAUGGAAGCGGUUUCCCAAUGCAGUCUGUUGGCGAGGACGACGAAUCGGGCCUGUUGGAAUCUUCGACUUCCUCUGCCAGUCGCAGUCGUCGCGGCAGUGAUGGCAGCACCAACAGUAUUAUUGACGACGAACAUCACGAAGAUGUUUUUGCUAUGGACGGUGAAUUGAGUGGCUCUUUCAACAAGCUAUCACUUAACUCUGGUCACAAUAACAGCAACAUUAUAAACGGUGGAGCCCGAGCUGUUCCAACCAGUAAUGAAAGAGCUGGCUCUGGUUCCGACUCGUCAAUCUCGUCGGUUCCUUCAUUGGUAAAGUCAACUACUUUGGAAGAAGCUUCACUACCCAGUCAACGGUUUACUUUCAACGGAGCAUCCGCUUCGUUCACCCCUUCGAACAUGACGAUUCCGAAAAUGAUUGUUCAAGGAGCGUCACCAGAACGACGCAAAACCGCAUUCCUCGCGUCGUCGGCUCCUCCAGUGCGAGAUUUCCUUAAUCUCGGCAAGAGCUGGAGCGACAUUGACUUUGAAGACGACGACGACGCCGACUUUGUGGAAGACGACUUUUACUACAACAAGCUACGCAAUGCAGUCCCCGCUGGAACCGGGACUGUGACAUCUGUUAGCGGUAGCAACAGUCAACGUUUGGAUGAUGCCAUGGCCAGCAAAGAAACAUCUGCCGUCAGCAUCAAACCAAUGGCCACAAAGUCGCGUCUGCCAGCCAUCGCUGGCAAAUCCCACCCGACCCCGGGCCAGUCCUGGGUGUACCCCCACUGGGUCGAGUAA